GCUGAAAAUAUAUAGUUUGCGUCACGUAACUAUAGAUUUUCAGUACUGGCAGUGAAUAAAGGAAAGUUGAAUCAAGUUGAAUAGAGAAACAGAGAUUUCAAACGUUUAUCUACCUUUAGAUGAUUUUCCGGCCGGCAUGGGCAUAGCAUGGUAUAUCUAUAGAAUAGUAAGAGGAAGAAACGUACUGUGUCCUUGAAGAAAUAACUGGAAUAACUGUAAAGAUUCUGGGGGCUGCGAAUCACUUGCUACAAAUGCUUUGAAGCUUUGAAGCGUUCAACUGACCAAUUAGGACAAAGAAAUCUAUGCUUUGAGGCGCCAAGUGGACUGCAACCUUGGUCCGUACCUUGGUAUUGUCCGUAACUGUGUCUGUAUCGUUCGUGCUUCAAAAAGGGAGGAGUGAGAACACGUGGAAGCUAGGAAGACGAAGGCGAAUUGAUUGAUAUAAGAAAGAAUUUUGACGGAAAUCAUUCAUCUGCUUGAAAAUGGCGAAACAUAUAAACUCGAUGAACGGUCUAAAGAUCAGCGACUUGAUAAACGAAGAUGGAAUUACAUUCGAGAUUGGAGAACAGUUUGAUAAUGAAGACGACGAGGAAUUCGCGUAUUCGCCACACGUACAGUUCAGCAAUGAGGAGAUGCUGAAUAUGUUAAACAUGAACAAUUUCGAAGAUGAGGAUGAGGAUAAUGAUGAAGGAACUGUAUCUCUUUGUGGCAUGAGCUUCUCGAAACUGAAAGCGAAGAUGACACCCUUGAUCCCAGAUCAAAAAGUCAUGAAGUACGUUAAGCAGAAAGGUGUUGGAGAGGUUGUACCGCAAAAUGCUCAAGUCACUGUCAAUUAUAUUGGAUAUUUCGAGUACAGAGAUGAACCUUUUGAUUCUACUUACUCUUAUGGGAGACCAAGAUCGAUGCGUUUAGGCCAGGGUUAUAUUAUACCCGGUUUAGAAUUUGGAAUAUGUUCCAUGAAGAAACACGAAAUAGCAGUGUUCCUGAUACACCCUGAUUUGGCUUACAAGGCCAUCGGUUGUCCACCACGUAUCCCACCUAACGAAGAAGUGGUAUUUGUCGUUCACUUAAUUGAUUAUGUUGACGAUGGCUGUGCACUUACGUAUCAAGAUCUCAGCGCAGAGGAGAGACGAUUGUUUAAUCAUGUGGCAGAGCCUGUGAAGCAUAUGUUUGUGACUGCUAAAGAUUAUUUUACAAAAUUUAACUUCAAGUGGGCGAUACGAGAAUACAGAAAAAUUAUUAAUUGUCUGGAGACAGUCAAAUUGGAAGAUAGUUUAGAAGAAGAUAAAAUGAAUGAGAUUCUCUCACGAGCCUAUACUAAUCUUGGACUUUGUUACAAUAAGGAAAACAUGCCUCUUAAAGCUUGCAUAGCUUUAAGGCAAGUGCCAGUACCAACAGCUAAAAGCCAUUAUCAUUUUGGAAAAGCUUUGCUGAAUAUUGGAGAAUACGAUGAUGCAAUGAAGGAGUUGCAGAAAGCUCGUGUGUUAGAGCCGCAAGAUGAAGCCAUUAGAAAAGCAAUUCAAAUAACGAACGCGAAACAGCGUGAGCAUCGCGAAAUAGAAAAGCGCUUGUGCGAAAAUUGCUUUCGAUCCAAGGAAGGACGAACGAAAAUUACCGAAUUUCGAAAAGCCGCGCGCGAUUUGUGUGAAAACCUUAUCGAAGGUAAUGACGUAUUGAGACAACCUGUAUCAGAAGGCUUCACAAAAGAAGAGCAAGGAAUUCUACGUGAAGAAGCUGCUAACUUUGGACUAGAUGUUGUUACAUCUACCAGAAAUGGCAAGGAGACUGUAUACCUCCAGAAGAGCAAAUCAUAAAGUGGUUACAUUUUUAUUAUUUAAAAUUGCAAUAUCAAGGACUAAUUAAUAUACAAACCUGGUGUUGCAAUCACAUUUACAAACGUAAUUACUUUGAUUUAAGUUGAAGCAUUGUAAUAUAUUAUAAUGCGACCAAAGAGAAUUAUAUUCAGGAUUAAAAUAGUAUAUUAAAGUCUUAUAUAAU